AUGCUUCGCCAGGGGUUUUUCAAAGUGCCGCUGCUGCCCGGGGCGUGGCUGGUGGCGAAAACUGAGAACCCGUUGGUGCAGCUGAUAUGGAACACCACCGGUGUUUCAACUGUCAAUUUGGCGGUGAAUGCCCCGCACACGUUGCCAACACCGUUGAAACCAAAAGCUCAGUUAAACGCUGAGAUUGCUCAGGCUAACCCUGAUGCUGCAGGUUUGAAACUUAAGUUGAAACAAACGUUUGGGUUUGCCAAACAACUUCUUAAGUUUUACAAAAAUGGAAUCGUCAACGUCUGGAAUAACCAUAAGUUUGUUUCAGAUUUACAAAAGAAGACGUACCUUUUGGAAGCCGAUGCUACAGGGGCCGAGGUGCGGAAAAUGCCGACGAACUUCCUGAAACUCACUGAGGAGUUACUGACAGUUAUUUACGAAAGUAAAUCUCAACUGAAGUCUAAGUCAUCAUCGAUGACGUCAUCACUGCCAGAAGCCAAUUUAUUCGCCAUUUCCCGACUGGACUACCAAACCAUCCGCCGCACCAAAAAAGAUUUUUACAAAUUACCGUCAUUUGCCGUGAUAUUUGUUAUAUUUGAGGAACUGACGCCGUUAUUAUGUUAUUUCUUACCUGAAGUAACUCCGUCGACGUGCGUGUUACCUAAUCUCUUACCUAAGCUUUGGGGGUUCCCCAAAUAUACGGCGGAAUUAGACCAAUUAAAGCGUCAACGGUACCAAACUAUCGACGAAAAAGUUAAUGGUGCCAUGCAGACGGCCUACCUGAUCCCAUUAGACGAAGCCCGCUUGCUUUGUCGCGUCUCACGAAUUAUUCCGAGAUUAAUUCCGAGCAACUGGUACCCGGAAUCGACCAUACGCCAACGCCUCCAACAAUAUUACAACUACCUCGUCGUCGACAACUACUACUUAUCCGGGUUAAACGGUAACGGAACUCUAUUUGACCUACUGGCGGAGGAGUUAGCCGAGGCGUGUCUUGAACGACAAUUGAUCGAAGAUAUCAAUGUUUUUAAACAGAUAUCCGAUAUUGCUGACCCUGUAGCUCGAGAACUGGCGGAGUUGGAGCUUCGACAGAAGUUACAGGCGAAAUUGGCCAAGUUUAUCGUCGAUUUUGACCAGUAUAAUAUUGGUGUUCUCGCGAUGGAUACCGGCAAAAUCGAUGCCAGAACCGUCGUCGAAGUUAAUUAA